AUGAAUGAUUUAUCUCUAGUUAUAAGUAUAAGUAAACCAAUUUCACAACUAUCUAUAAUAGAUAAUGAUGAGGAUUCAGAUAUUGAAAUGGAUGGUGAUAAAAUUAACAAUAAUAAUGAUUUAAAUUUAAAUCGACGGGCAAUUGUAACGCCUGGAGAAUUAAUUACUGAAGAUCCAAUUUGGAUGAAAGGUCAUGGAACUUAUUUUCUUAAUAAUAAAACAUAUUCAUCAGUUGCAGGAAAUAUAUCGAGAGUUAAUAGAUUAUUAUCAGUUAAACCAUUAAGAGGAAAAUAUCAACCAGAAACUGGAGAUCACGUUAUCGGAAGAAUAACAGAAGUUUCAAAUAAAAGAUGGAAGGUUGAUAUAGGUACAAAACAAGAUGCAAUAUUAAUGUUAGGAUCUGUUAAUUUACCAGGAGGAAUUUUACGUAGAAAAUCAGAAAGUGACGAAUUACAAAUGAGAAAUUUUCUUAAAGAAGGAGAUUUAUUAAAUUGUGAAAUUCAAACUAUAUUUAACAAUGGUAUUGCAAGUUUACAUACAAGAUCAUUAAAAUAUGGAAAAUUAAAAAAUGGUAUAUUUAUGAAAAUUCCAAGUUCAUUAAUUAUUAAAUCAAAGAAUCAUUCAUAUGAUUUACCAGGUAGUGUUUCAAUAAUAUUAGGUAUAAAUGGAUAUAUAUGGUUGUAUAAAUCAAAGCAACAGGAAGAAAAUUCAACGACAGUAGUUAAUCAACAAGCAUCAAAAUUACAAGGAAGUUUAAACAAUAAUAAAGAUUAUCAAAUUGGAACAGGAUCUGUAUCAAUAACAAGAUUAGAAGAAGAAAGUUCGUGGGAAAUUUAUAGUGAUAUAAAUGAAGAAAUUAAUAAUAAUAUUAGAAACAAUAUAUCAAGAUAUUAUAAUGUUAUAAAAGCAUUAAGUUUUGGAGAAAUUGGAAUAACAGAACAAAGAAUAAUAUUGGGAUAUGAAUCAAGUUUAUCAUUUGAAAAUGUAGGUAAAUUAAUUGAAAGAGAAAGCAUGGAACAAAUAUGUCAAGAAGUAUUAAAUAAUGAAAGAAUGAGAGGUUAA